AUGAGAGGCAAUGCAAAGGUUCGCCUCCCGGCAGCCCGACGGGGCCACGGCAGCUGCCACGAAAGGGCAUGCGACUGCCUGCCUGCCUGGGCCGCAAUUCCGCCUUUCGCCUCCGGUCCCCUGAAGCCAGACAAGUCGCUGGAGCUGCUGUGGCGCGUCACCGGAUCCGCUCUGAUUCGGAAGCCCGUCCUUCUCCCUGGGGGCUCCGCGGGUCUUUCCGUCGGACUGCAGCCUUGA